AUGCUCCUUUUCCCGUUCGCUGCGCUGCUGGCUGCUCUGGCAGCAGUGCUCAUCUUUUGCAAGAAGUACUUUGCCUGGAAGUUCCCCAAGUUUCCGGGAUGGCCCACUAUCCUAGGAUCGGGAGAACGACAGGGGGACUUCCACCACAAUUGGUUGAACAGAAACCGGAUCGUGCUGCCCCUCCACUCGCCAUCUGGAAACUCCCAUCAUGGGAGUGAGCAAAGCCCAGCGGCUCCCUCCAGCUUCCUCAGCUGUCUCCGCGCCAAACUAUACACCCCGGGCGCCUCCAGGUGGCACAAGACAAGAGACCUUUUCAAGUCGGUUCGAAACAGGGGCAACUAA